CCCGCCCAGCCGGCCCCGGGCGGCCCGCGGAAUUGAUGAGGGGAAAAAAUUGCUUUUAAAUAAAUAUUUAUCACGUGUUGAGAAACAAGUCAAUAAACCUGCCCAAAAGCUGAUGUCAUCAGAAACGCCAACAGAAAGUCCAGAGGUGCCAACAGAAAAUACCAUGUCCCCUGAAGCUAUGAAUGUGGGAAGAAAGGUGAAGUCAAGUGACAGUCCAGUAGAGAGACAGGAGGCAGGAUCAGACAAGGAAGAAUGCCUUGAGCCCAUGUCCAAGAGGCAAUGGAAGAAGCUAUUGAAGCAGAAACAGUGGGAAGAGCAGAAAGAUCUACGGAGGCAGAAACGAAAAGAAAAACGCCAAAAGAGAAAACUAGAACGUCAGUCAAAAUUGGACUCCAAUAGUGAAGAGAGCGACCGGAAGCGCCUGCGAAGGGAAGUUGUUCCUAGCACACUUCGCCUCAUUGUGGACUGCAGCUUUGAUGACCUGAUGGUGCUAAAGGAUGUUAAGAAGCUUCACAAACAAAUCCAGAGGUGUUACGCAGAAAACCGGAAAGCAUUUCAUCCUGUGCAGUUUUACUUGACCAGCCAUGGGGGACAGUUGAAGAGCAACAUGAAUGAAAAUGACAAAGGAUGGGUGAACUGGAAGGAUAUCCAAAUCAGAACAGAGCACUAUAGUGAGGUCAUAAAGAAAGAAGACCUAGUAUAUCUUACCUCAGAUUCCCCAGAUGUUCUUAGUGAGCUUGAUGAGAAGAAGGCCUAUGUGAUUGGAGGACUGGUGGAUCACAAUCACCACAAGGGAAUUACUUACAAAAAAGCUGUGGAGCAGGGAAUUGGUCAUGCACAGCUCCCACUUGGAAACUUUGUCAAGAUGAACAGUCGGAAAGUGUUAGCUGUCAAUCAUGUGUUUGAGAUCAUCCUUGCAUACCUGGAGAAGAGAGACUGGAAGGAGGCCUUUUUCAGUGUCUUGCCACAGCGGAAAGGGGCUGUUCCUUUGGGAGAAGCUAAUGAUUUGUCCAAACAUGCUCCGUCUGGAAAAGAAGAUGAAGACAAUGACUCGGGCAGAAACUAGCCUUCAGAAUGAGAUGACAGGGAAGGAGACGUGCAGUUCAUGGGAUGAAACUGAGACAUGAAGUAGUUAUACUUCAAAGACCAUCUGCUGCCCUUGUGAUACUGAAUUGUCUCAAUGCACAAUAGUUCCAUAGUUGGCCCAGAGCUGUUUCUGGACAUAAGGGGUCCCUGAAACUUACAUAUUAGUAGUUUUUUUUCUAAAGAAAUAAAUUAAUGCCAAAUACAGAAUU